AGCAUCAAUCCCUGCAGAAUGACGUGCGAGAUGCUGCUAUGUGUGUUUUCAUGUAAGAGGAUGCCGUCGUUGGACAUACACGAGACAGCGAAGGCCGUGCCCCUGCAUGACGAGUCCGCAAAAACACGUGUUGCGUGACUACUUAUUGGCAGGUGAUAAUGCGGGAUCACACAUCCGGUGCUAAUGUGGAGGAGCUGCUGAGACACUCUCAGAUGGAGUUGCAGUGGAUCCAGAGACAGCUGACUAUGAUCACUGCCAGGAGCCAUCAUCACGUGCACAGCAAGGCCAAGUCAAAACUGGAGGCGUCACACCACCAAAAUGUGAGCCGCUUUCGCCUCCUCGAAGAGAGAAAUCGAGUUUUGAGACAGGAAGUGGCCGCGCUCCGCCAAGAGAAGCAGCAGUACCGCAAACUGAGAGCAAAGCUUCAAGUGGCUUUGCAGGAGAAAAAUCGUCUGAACCUCGAACUGAUCGGCCGUCACCUGAAGGCAUCCAAGUAUGACCAGGUCCAGUCGGACUUUGAGCAGCUGAAAGAGACGCUCACUGUCGUCAGCCAAGAAAGAGACGCGGCUCAGCAGCAGCGCAGCCGACUUCAAGGCAAAGUGGAGAACCUGGAAGAGGUUUUAAAGCAUAUGCACGACACUGUCGAGCGAAAGCAGCGGCCGCAGAUAGAGCAUGAGCAGGCCUUGGUGGCCCUUCACAGCAAGCAGAAGGAGAUCCAUCAAUUGCAAAAGGCCCGGCUUCAAGCUGACCAGGAUCAUGAACAAGCCGUACAUCUGUUAGAGCACAAUCAGGGCAGAAUGUUUCAGGUCAAGAUUUGUGACCUGGAGCAGAAAUGCAGGUCACAGAGUGAACACUUCCAUCAGCUGUCCAAAGAGCUGCUGAAUUUCCGUUUACAAUCCCAUCCCGCCGAGAUCCUCCCCGUUAAAUCCCCCUCCAAAUCCCACCGUCUCCACGCAGCAGAGGGGGGACUCCCAAAAGCCGUCGUCGGAUUUGAAACGCAGACAGAAGAAGCAGGCGAUGAGAGCGCGCCAAACGCACCACCACUGAUCUCCCAGUUCUUGCAGUGCCCACAGCAGACUGGAGACAGGGGAGGACCGCAUUGGCCGUCUGUCAAGUCCCGCAACGUGAAAGCGGACCACACCGGCUGCCCCCAGCGGCUGACCCCGACAGAGAUGGAGGAUGAACCAAGCCCAUCGCCCCGGUCCAAGCCUCGAUACACAGGCCAGGUCCGCCUUUGCACUGCCCGAUACAGUUAUAACCCCUACGAUGGACCAAAUGAGCACCCUGAGGCAGAGCUCCCCCUCGUGGCUGGGAAGUAUUUGUACGUAUAUGGCAAUAUGGAUGACGACGGAUUCUAUGAAGGGGAGCUUCUGGAUGGUCAGCGAGGACUUGUCCCUUCCAACUUUGUAGAGUUCGUCCAGGACAAGGAGAAGCUGGAAGGUGGGGAAGACCUAAGUUCAGUGGAUCAUACACCCCUAGCCUUGAUGACGGUGGACGGAGGUGCCGGCCAGGAUGGUCUCCUGGGAUUGUCGAACGCCUUGGUUCCCUGUAGCAACGGGACAGUGGGGCCCUUGGACCCGGAGGACCUGGCUGAAGACGUUGUGCCUUAUCCUCGUAAGAUCACGCUGAUCAAGCAGCUGGCACGGAGUGUCAUUGUGGCCUGGGAGCCUCCGUUUGUGCCUUUGGGCUGGGGGAACAUCUCUGGCUACAAUGUGUUUGUGGACGGCGAACUACGUGCUAGUAUACAGUACGGUGGACGCACCAAGUCCUUGCUGGAGAAACUGGACCUUGACGGCUGUGUUCACCGCGUGUCCGUGCAGAGCGUCACCGACCGGGGUGUGUCGGACGAACUGCGCUGCACGUUAUUGGUGGGCGCCAAUGUGGUGGUGGCGCCUUGCGGGCUCCGAGUCGACGACAUCCAGCGGGACACGGCCGAACUGUCCUGGUUGCCAAGUAACAGUAACUACGGUCACACCGUGUUCUUGGACGGGGUCGAGCACGCGGUGUUGAAGCCGGGGAGGUAUAGACUACGCUUCUUCAACCUGAAGCCGCUGACAGUGUACAAAGUGACCGUGGCUGCCCAGCCCCACCAGGUGCCAUGGCAACUGCCUUUGGAACAGAGGGAAAGGAAGGAAGCUGGAGUGGAGUUCUGCACUCAGGCUGCAGGUCCAACACCAUAUUGCAGAACAGGCCCACCGCUGCCUCCGCAAGACGUACAGGUGCUCUGUGGGCAGGCACCCGGGGUGCUGCAGGUACGCUGGAAGCCCCCCAUCCUUUCACCCACAGGCACAUCCAACGGAGCCAACGUCAUCGGUUACGCCGUCUGCACGAAAGGACAGAAGAUAGCAGAGGUGAUGUUCCCCAUGGCCGACUAUGUGACUGUGGAGCUGACAAGGAUUCAGUGCCUGGAGGCCAGGGAGGUCAUAGUGAGGACGCUGUCCGCACAGGGAGAGUCCCAGGACUCCCACAUCGCCGCCAUUCCAAACAACCUGCUCGUGCCUCUACCUCCACUCCCCCUGCCGGCGCCAAUGCACCCCCACCCCCAACAACCUCACCUUACGUCUCCUCACCUCUCUCACAGCACCCCCCAGCUUCCUGCGCCGCCGCCCCAAGCCCACGGACAACCACUCAUACAACACCCGCAUCCUCAGCCCCACCCGCGGCUGCCUCACCCUGGCGUGCCACCACAGGGUCGACCUCCUCAUCCGCAGGCCCUCCACCCUCUUCACCAAGGUCCAAGGCCACAGCACCGACUGCCUCUGCAGCCCCACCCUCACCCCCACCCGGUACCUCAGAGACCAGUAAGUGCCAGAGACCUGGAUGCCAAAGAGCAAGCCGCCCACCACGGGGCAGCUGUCCCGCCCGGCCCACUCGGCUGGGACACCGUACGCUCCCCUUCUUCCCAGCUGCCUGUACCCAUGCAAGGCCACACCCUCGAGGCCCCUCCCCAUGGCAAUCCACGCUCACCGUCCCCGCAGAGGAUUCUACCACAGCCACGAGGCACUCUUGUUCCGGACAACGUUGCCAAAGCCAUUGCUCGGGAAGCCGCGCAGAGGGUGGCGGCGGAGACUGGCAAGGGAGAGCGGAGGUCUGCUGGCUAUGGCGAGCAGGGCCAGACAUUCCAGCAGCAUCACUCGGAUGAGGAAGAGGAGGACGAGGAAGGGUUCACGCGUCGCCGACGAAGAGGACCUUCAGUUGAUGAGUUCCUCCGAGGCUCUGAGUUAGGACGGCCGCCUCACUAUAGUCACAAUGAAGAGUAUCACAGCGAGAGCAGCCGCGGCUCUGACCUGUCUGACAUCAUGGAGGAGGAUGAGGAGGAGCUGUACUCAGAGAUGCAGCUGGACGAGGGACGCCGACGCAACUCGCACAACACACCCAAGUCCAACGCUCCCUCGGGAGGCCGUCGAGAGCGGGAGGGCGGAAGGAGGAUCCAUCAUGGCGGUCCGCAGCCUCAGAGACGACCUCUCAUGGUCCCUGCCAUUGAUGGCUACAGGGAUCGUCACUCCCCCACCUACUUUGACGAGUCAGAGCCGGAGGAGUCCUUCCGGGUGUUUGUGGCGCUCUUCGACUACGACCCACUGUCCAUGUCCCCUAACCCUGACGCAGCCGAUGAGGAGUUACCCUUCAAAGAGGGUCAAAUCAUCAGGAUAUAUGGCGAUAAGGACACAGAUGGCUUUUACAGAGGAGAAGUGAGAGGCAGGAUGGGUCUGAUCCCGUGUAACAUGGUGUCUGAGAUACGCGCAGAGGAUGACGAGACAAUGGACCAGCUCAUCAAACAGGGUUUCCUGCCUCUCAGCACGCCGGUGGACAGAAUAGAACAGAACAGGAGAGGUCUUCGUCGAGGUGAGGCCUCUAGGAGGAUGGUGGCGUUGUACGACUACGACCCUCGAGAGAGCUCGCCCAAUGUUGAUGUUGAGGCUGAGCUGACCUUCUGCACGGGUGACAUCAUCGCCGUGUUUGGCGACAUUGAUGAAGAUGGGUUCUAUUACGGUGAGAUCAAUGGCCACCACGGUCUGGUCCCCUCCAACUUCCUGGAAGAAGUGCCUGACGACGUGGAGGUGUAUCUGACCGAUACGCCCUCCCACUUUCCCCCCGAGGAGCCCGCCAACCGGCUCCCCGCCGCCAACUCGGCCGCCCCCGUCCCGGAGGCCAAACGGAUUGCCACCGACCCCGCCGUCGACAACGCCGCCACGCCCGUCCGUGCGCCGUCCCCCAUCGUUCGCCCCCUGCUGCCGGGCACCAUGCGACCCCUCAGCCCCACCCGGGGAGCCCUCCACGUCCCCCUGGACUCCCGCGACGCUCAAGAUUUGGCCAACAAGAAGAAGAAAGGACUCCUGUCCAAGGGGAAGAAGUUACUGAAGCGGCUGUCGCCUGCCAAGUAGACGAUCUUCGAUGUACAGUAUCGCGCCACCACCCACGAACACGUGCGGAUGUUUAUUUGCAGGACUUAUUAUUCACGUCUUCUGUGAUUCCAAAAUCAAUGACAUUCUGUAUCGUGCCAGUACAUGAGAGAAGUGGACCACAAAAACGUGACUGUGAUGUAUUUUCCAUCAAGAGAUUGUUUUACGACGUGUAUUUGAAUCCAUCACAGACACCAAACUACUGCCUGUUGAAAAGAAUGCUUUCAUCCGCGAGCGAUGUAGGCUGCUUACACACAACAAGGCUUUAUUUCGUGCAAUAUUGUAUACAGGUGGUAGCAUAUCCUAAGUGGCAAAAAGAGCUUUUGGAGCCUCUCAGUGGCCUUUACCAAAACAACAUCAAUGUGACACACCUCUCUUAAGGUUGUCUUUUUUUCAUCCUUGAAGCAGUUUGGUCCAUAAUGAUUUGGAUAACGACACAAUUUCUUAUCAUUUUGUCUUCGAACACCACCACAAUAGACUGGGAUUUACCAUAUCGAUGCAAGUAUGAGACAGCGUUUCCGUCCCGAGAAGAGACUCGUCUUAUAUUUGGGGUCUAUAGAAGCCACUCACAGCUUGAACAGCCAGUUAAUAUUUUAAAUUUAUUUGAUUAUUAUUUUGUAUUUUUUAUGUUGUAUGUUUAAUUUAAAUUUGUUUUUGUUUUUAAUAUUUUAUUUUUUAAAACAUUUAUUUUGAUCAUUUUAUUAUUUGUUUUAUUUAUUAUAAGUAAUUCAUAAUUUAUCAUUAUUUUUAUUCUCUAUUAUUCUAUUUUAUGAUUUGUUUAUUUAUUUAUUUAUUUAUGUAUUUAUUAAGAUAAUGGUGAUCAAUGAAGUAGCGUCGUCACACAACUGCUGAGCAGCUGAGAAAUAGCUUAUCUUUUACUUUUUGCCAUAAGUCCAAAAAUAAGUGUCCAAAAAUGAGCCUUGAAAAAAAAAAGGGGCUUGAAAAAGGGGUGAUCGCCUUAUACUCAGGCUCGUCUUAUAUGCUAAUUGAAGGUUGUUUUCACAAAAAUAAGGCAGACAUCUUGAAGAAGUGGUUCUCAAUUAUUUUCUGUCAAGCUCCCCCCACCCCAGGGUACAGCCAUCCGCCCCCAGAUUAAAAAAAAAAUGACGACCUAAUAAGAUUAUUUAUUUAACUGUACAAACCACUGUGUGAGUUGCUGGCACCAGCAUCACGCCCCUCGCCCCGGUACCUGACCCACGCCCCCCAGGGGCUUCUGGGAUGUGCGGCGGCUUGAGAAAAAUAAAGAAAAGAACUUAUUUUUAUCUUUCAGAUUUGAUUCAUGGUUGUGGAUUUCCAAAUGUUUUGGAUUUUUUUUGCAUUUGUUUGUGUCAGGUUGUCCCUCGUCCCGCAAUCACCUCUUUACUGACCCCAGUGUCCUUAUCAGAGUGUAUUCAUUCUUGUUUGGACAUUCCGCCUGGGUCUAUGUACACCACAAACACUAUAAUUGACUAUAUUUUGUGUAAACCCUGAAGUCUACUUACAAAAUGAGGCAAAAUGAUGAAAGAAAUUGCAUCAUUGUUGAAAUAUUUAUGAACCAAAUCGUUUUUUUUUUGUCAAAAGAAGGAGUGAAAUGUUUAAUUCAAUGCAAAAUGUCGUGUCUAAUACUUGUUUUCAAUGUCUUGCACCUUUCUUAUCAGUUUUUUUUUUAUUGCUUUGCUUUCCUGAAGGUGCGGCACCCAUUUGUUGUCUCGUCAUGUUAACAAACUAAAGGCCAUGCUAAAAACCUCAUAGAAAAAUGGACAAAUCAAAAGAGUUAGAGAAAAAAUACAAACUUUUAAUGUUUUUCUAUCUGAUAUUUACAGUAUGUACAGAUGACAUUUGUACUGUAUUUACACAACAGAAGGACUACACCGUGUUACACAGCUUCUCAGUUCGUAUUUCUUCUUUAUUUCCGUGACAUUUAAACUUAGUUUGACAAAUAAUUUGGAUGGUACACUGCCUGGGAAUAUAAGGAGAAAUGCAAACAACUUGUAAAAACCAUCUGUUUUAUACCCAAUAAUAUAUUUGAGGAAAGAAAAUAUGGCAGUCAGUUGAUUAUAAAAUCAACAAUAAUCAUCGCCAAAUAAUUACACUAAAUUAUUAACAUCUAAAAUAUAUGAAAUUAUAUCAUAAGGCGGAUAUUUCUCCUACAAAGUAAAGGUUUAUUGUUUGUAAUUGGAUGUUAUAAAAAAAAUGUUUGAACUAUUUACAAACUUUUGUUUUUAACUGUAUUUUUUUUAUGUAUUUUAUUUUAUUUUUAGUUUAGUUAGAUUUCAGUUCAGCCAGAAAUAUAUCAGUCUAUUCCUCACUCACAAGGUAUAAACAGUAUGGCUGUCAUAUAUUGACUUGUGAGUGGAUGUUUUUUGUCUCUUUUUUACUCCGAUCCAUUUGUAGAUCAUUUUUAAAUGUUUCUACUUGAUUUUACGACAGCCUUUUUUCCAGUGCACUGAGAUUAAAAAAACAAACAACAAAACAAAACAACAAAAUACUACAUUUCCCAUAGUGUCCUUUGAGAUCAGAUGUGUAGUUCACCGUAUGUGCUAUGUUUGUGAAUCAAAAAAAGAAAAAAUAUCGGACAGUAUUUAUGGUGAUUAUGUGUGGGUGUGCACGUGAAAAAAAACUUUUAUAACCAAAUUAAAAUUUCAUAUU